AUGGAUUCGCCAUCUGAACCCCAAUCUCAACUCUCGAAUUCCAGCGACCACUUCCCUAAUCACGAUAACCGCCCUCACCCUGACUCCGAAACCCUUGAGAAAACCCUAGAUUCAUCGGAAAACGUAUCCUCCGCUACCGCCGCCGACGACACUUCCACCCCUGCCCCAAAGCCCGAUUUCCCUAAGCCGUUGCUGUCGGAGAACUGUCUAACCAACACGCACAGCGGAACCGACAAGGAUUUCUCUGGCGGUGAAGAGGAAACCAGCAGCCGGAGGAAACGGCGGUCCCGGUGGGAUCCUCUACCGAGCGAGAGCGCCUCCGGCACUGGUGAUGAUAAUUCCGGAAACGGAAGUAGGAAGAGGAAGUCGAGAUGGGCGGAUGACGAGCCUAAGCCCGUGGUCCAGCUGCCUGAAUUCAUGAAGGAACUCACUGGAGGUAUCGAGUUUGAUCCAGAGAUCCAAGCUCUCAACAGUAGGUUGCUUGAGAUCACCCGAAAGUUGCAAUCUGGCACAGCUUUGGACGAUAGGCCAGAGGGGGCUAGGUCGCCCUCGCCUGAACCUAUCUAUGAUAACAUGGGAGUUAGGAUUAACACUAGGGAGUACCGCGCUAGGGAGAAAUUAAUUAGGGAGAAACAAGAAAUAAUAAAACAGAUUCUCGACAAAAAUCCUGCCUUCAAGCCACCUGCAGAUUACAGGCCGCCGAAACUUCAAAAGAAGCUUUACAUUCCAGAGAAAGAGUAUCCGGGUUACAAUUUUAUAGGUCUCAUUAUUGGUCCACGAGGAAACACUCAGAAAAGGAUGGUAAAGGAAACUGGAGCAAAAAUUGUGAUAAGAGGCAAAGGGUCUAUGAAGGAGGGCAGGCAGCAGCAGAAGAGGGAUCUGAAGCACGACCCUUCUGAUAAUGAGGAUCUGCACGUACUGGUGGAGGCAGAUAAUCAGGAAUCACUCGAUGCUGCUGUGGGUAUGCUCGAGAAGCUCCUGCAGCCUGUUGACGAGGUUCUCAAUGAGCACAAAAGGCAACAGCUUAGGGAGCUUGCAGCACUAAAUGGUACUAUUAGAGACGAAGAGUAUUGCAGGUUGUGCGGUGAGCCUGGGCAUCGCCAGCUCUCGUGCCCUUCCCGCCUGACAACGUUCAAGAGUGACGUACUGUGUAAGAUUUGUGGCGACGGAGGACAUCCUACUAUAGACUGCCCGGUGAAGAAUACCACAGGCAAGAAAAUGGACGACGAGUACCAGAAUUUUUUGGCCGAACUAGGUGGUACGCUUCCAGAGUCUCUGACCAAAUCAAGCUCUGCAGCUGCUCCUGCUCUUCCCUGGGCAAAUGGCACAAACACUUCUAGUAACACCACUCAUGCUGGUUUGGGAUCAAAUCCACUAAAGCCAAAGGAAUACGAUGAGACUAACUUAUACAUCGGUUAUUUGCCUCCGACUAUGGAGGACGAUUCCCUGAUCAGCUUGUUCUCCCAGUUCGGUGAAAUAGUGAUGGCCAAGGUUAUCAAGGACCGCUUAUCCGGUCUGAGUAAGGGUUAUGGGUUUGUGAAGUAUGCUGAUGUUCAGCAGGCUAAUGCCGCCAUUGCCAGUAUGAAUGGCCACAAGCUGGAUGGAAGGCCAAUUGCAGUGAGAGUGGCCGGUAAACCUCCUCAGCCUCAAUUACCUGCAGCAGGUCCACCUGCUCCCACUGUCCCGACAUACCCUGCCCCGAGUCAGCCUGUUGGUGCCUACCCAUCCCAGCAGUACUAUUCUGGUGGGCCCAUAGGAGGCCCGCCUUCUGGAGUCUAUAAUGGGGCUCCAAUUCCCUGGGGCCCUCCUCAAUAUGCUACUUAUCCCCCGUACAAUGUACAAUGUCCACCACCACCACCACCACCACCACCACCAGGUUCAUCUGGCAUGCUUACGCAGACUGUAUCAUCUACUGAUACACAACAAAUUUAUGCUUCUUCAGGCGAGAUACGACAAAGCUAUAUCUAUGGAAAUUCUGUAACUUCCAUGCCGCAUAAUGGUCAGGUUCCGUACCCACUGCAUCCAUAUACAUAUCCACCUCGGUAUGCUGCUGUUCCUCCUCCUCCUGCAGCAAUGCCUCUGUCCACUGUGGAACAUACUCAUGGCUUGAGUAAUGCACCCUGGACGUCAAAUCAACUGGCGUCAUCUUCUGAGAAGACAGACACAGAGUAUGAGAAAUUCAUGGCAGAAAUGAAAUACUGGCUUUUCUAUUACCAAGAUAGCCAUAUUCUGACUGCUAUCUCUGUAUUGGCUGUGGCGGUGUUCCUCUAUCCCAUUUGUUGGUACCGUCUUCUCGCUGUAUGUUGGGGAACUUGUGAUCCUGAUUUCUUAUCUCUUGCCAUGAAUUUCUUGCUGGAAUAUAAAGAUCUGGGGGCACUAAAGGGAGUUCUUGGAGGGGGUACCAGAUGA